AUGACCAAGGAGCUGCUUCAGUCGGGCACAGACAAUCUCCGGCAAGGCAGAAACGAACAGACUGAAACGUAUAUUGCAAAACCUGCGUGUCUCGGUCCAUCUACAGGCGGCGACCCUCUUCCGCUGUGCCAGAUCACGGUAAAAAUAGGCAACGAAGCCAUCAUCCGGCGCCGAAUCAAAGGCUCUAAGCUCUUCCCUAAAAAGAAACGAAGAAUGAGAGAAUUUGGACAAGCCGACAAAUCUAGUCAAGACUUAAGCACUGGUCUUAAAAAAGAUGCUCCAGUGACAGCAGGAGAUCCGAACGACUGCGACAACACGGAUUUGCUCUGGCGUCCGUAUUACUCUUAUAAAGUGAAAAAGAAGAAAAAGAAAAUGCGCAUUGACAAAGAAAUGCAUGGUGGGGUUAUUGACAGUGAGGUGGGGAAAAAAAGUUGGGGGACAGAGGAGCACGUCUCGACAGGGAAUGAGGUGCAACCUCUCGCCAUGGCGGAAGAAGACGAAGCCAAGAUACGGAUUUUACAAAGUCUUCGGGGGAAAAUCUGUGAAGCAAAAAAUCUGGCCCCAGUCUCCGGACCAAAUCGUCAAAGGGAUCUGUGUACAUUCUGCACCAUAAGUCUGGACCAGGAGGAAGUUUUUCGUACGAAGGUCUUUGAUAAAAGUGUCAGUCCUUUUUACGGAGAGGAUUUUUACUUUGAAAUCCCACGGCCAUUUCAGUGUUUAUCUUUCUGCGUUUAUGCCAAAAGCGUUUUUCAAAGGGAACUACCGGUUGGUAAAGUGUCAAUACGGAAGGAGGACUUGUGUAAAUACACCGGAAAAGAAGAAUGGUUUAGCCUACAGCCUGUCGAUCCCAACUCGGAAGUCCAGGGUAAAGUUCAUCUGGAAAUGCGACUGGAUGAAGUUAUCACAGAAAAUGGCUCUUUGUGUCAACAUUUACGAGUCAGAAAAAUAGAGUGCCAAGGACUGCCAUUGAUAAGUGGACAGAACUGUGACCCGUAUGCAACUGUGUCACUGGUCGGACCUGCCAGGUCUGACCAGAAGAAAACAAAAGUUAAGAAGAAAACAAGCAAUCCUCAGUUUGAAGAGAAUUUUUUUUUUGAGGUGACAAGGUCGAGCAGCUACUCUAAGAAGUCCCAUUUCCAAGUGGAGGAGGAGGACAUUGAAAAACUGGAAAUAAAGGACUCGUCACAGUGGACUCAUAGCUCAUUGGGUAAGGCUAGCCUUAUUCAAAGAGUGGAGGUGUGGAAUAAUGAGAACCUAGCUCAGGACGUGUUUUUGGGAGAGACCCGGGUUCCUGUGAAAAUACUGCAAAAUGACCACAUUCACAAAGCCUGGUAUUUUCUUCAGCCAAAAGGAAAUGGCAACAAGUCCAAAUCUGAUGAUUUGGGAUCAUUGCGUUUGAGGCUGACCUACAUAGAGGACACAGUGCUGCCCUCUGUCUGCUACACACCACUCUGCAACCUUCUGCUCAAGUCUCCUGAUGUGAAGCCCAUCUCGGCCUCAGCAGCUCAUAUUCUGGGGGAGAUCUGCAGAGAGCGGUACGAGGCCGUGCUGCCCAUGGUUCGACUCCUUCUCUACCACAGUCGCUUUGUGCCUUUUGUGACGGCUGUGGCAGCUCUGGAGCUGGACACCACUCAGGAGGCAAACACUAUUUUCCGUGGUAACUCGUUGGCCACGCGGUGCAUCGACGACAUGAUGAAGAUUGUGGGAAAGAACUACCUGGCUGUUACCUUGAAGCCAGUGAUAGAUGAGAUUUGUGAAUCCAACAAAGCCUGUGAGAUUGACCCAGUGCGACUUAAAGAAGGGGACAACGUGGAGGUCAACAAGGAGAACCUUCAGGGUUAUGUGCAGAAGGUCUUUUCCUCCAUCACUCUGUCCAGUGCCAACUGCCCCCCCCUCAUGUGCGAUGUCUUCAGGUCUCUCAGACAUCUGGCCUGCAAACGCUUCCCAGCCGACCCUCAUGUGCAGUACUCUGCAGUGAGCAGCUUCGUGUUCCUGCGCUUCUUUGCGGUGGCGGUUCUUUCUCCACACUCCUUUCAGCUGCGCUCCCACCACCCUGAUCCAGACAUUUCACGGACACUCACUCUCAUCUCUAAAACCAUCCAGACUCUGGGCAGCUGGGGCAGUUUGUCCAAAAAACUGUCAAGCUUCAAGGAAACAUAUAUGUACGACUUCUUCAAAUCAUUCCAAGAAGAGAAGUGCAUUGAAAAGGUUAAAAAGUUUCUUGAUGAGAUCUCCUCUAACGUCAAUAAGGAAUUCAGCAGCAUGGAAGACGCCCUGAUCCUUAAGGAGGGGGAAGUUCAAAAACGUGGCCAAGGGAGAAAACGUCUCGGCAAGAAAAACUUUAAGAAGCGAUGGCUCCGAGUCACCAACAGAGAACUGUCUUAUCAUAAACACAAAGGGAAAGAGGCCCUCUGCAUCAUAAGUGUCAAAAACAUCCAGGCUGUGGAGAAACUGGAUGAAAGUGCCUUUAACCGCAAAAAUAUGUUCCAGGUGGUGCACUCAGAGAAGCCACUGUACGUACAAGCAGGGAACUGUGUGGAGGCCAGCGAGUGGCUGGAGGUGCUGGGCCAGGUGAGCCGCUGCAAUGAAGAGCGCCUGGAGAGUUUCCAUUCGUCCACGUUCACGGGGGGAGUGUGGCAGUGCUGCAAGAGCCAAAACAACUGCGCUCCAGGCUGCAGACCCUGCACCAUCACAAUGCUGGCGAACCUGCAGCUGGAUAUUGACUGUGAUCGUGAAACGGAGAGGAUCUUCUCUCUUCUGUCCUUAAACGACACCAAGCUCCAAAACAUGGAGGAUGCUUGUGCCACUUUGGCAGUGUACCAGGGCCCCCAGCGGGAGCAGGACGAGUAUUCCAAAUUCACCAUUCAGGAACCCAAAGAGACCUUUCAGACACUCAAACAGCUGCGCAAUGCUAUGGAGGAGCUGCAGCGGCAGCACAAUGAGCGGGGGGUCACCGCGCACAGAUACGGCAGUCUGAACAAUCCCAUUGUAGGAAAGACCUCAUAG